ACAGAGGGGCAUUUCCUGCUGCAGUCCACCUCCGAGUGCAGCUUCACUUCCAACGGGACCGGCCCCGAGGAGAAGGAGGGGGGUCCUUCGGGGGUCCGCUUCGUCCAGAGGUACAUCUACGACCGGCAGGAGUACGUCCGCUUCGACAGCGACUGGGGCGAGUUCAGGGCCAUCUCCCUCCUCGGGGAGCCCUCCGCCUCCGACUGGAACAGCCAGAAGGAGGCCCUGGAGUACGAACGGUCCCAGGUGGACGUCUUCUGCCGGCACAACUACAGGAACUACGCCGCCUUCGCCCGCUCCAGGCGGAUCCAGCCCAGGCUGCAGAUCACCCCCAUAGAGCAUGAGACCUCCUCUGGACACACGGUCCUGAUCUGCGAUGUGGACGGAUUCUGGCCCGCCGAGAUCGAGGUCAAGUGGUUCCGGAAUGGGAAGGAGGAAGAGGGGCCCCAGGUGAUGACCACGGACCUGAUUCGGAAUGGGGACUGGACCUUCCAGAUCCAGGUGAUGCUGGAGACAAAGCCGGAGCGGGGAGACGUCUACGCCUGCCAGGUGGAUCAUGCCAGCUUCACCAGCCCCGCCAGAGUCCAGUGGG